UGACGUUUCAGUCUAUGCCCUAUGUUCCGCUCUAUCGUAUUUUAUCAAGCUUUAGCAUAUUGAUGCAAAAAGCUUGCCCUUCUAAAACGUAUCAAGUGAAACGAGUCAAAAAUAAAAAAAAAAAGAAAAAAAAAAAAUAAAAAAUGAAAUUCGUUAAUGUUAAACCGAUGUUACGUUUUUAAGUAAAAAAGAAGAAAAUGAAAAAUACAAACAAUUACUGCAUUCUGCAAUGAACAGCGGUUAUGUUUUCCAAUGGAAAGUGGUUUAACGACAAUGGCGGGACUGUCUCCGUCGAAACGACGAUUACAGAAGGAAUUAAUGUCAUUAAUACGUGAACCACCACCUGGUGUCAGGGUAGAUGGUGAUUCAGCUGGACAAAACUUGACACAAUGGAUUGUACACAUGGAAGGUGCAAAGGGUACCUUGUACGAGGGAGAAAGAUUUCAAUUACAAUUUAAAUUCAGUUCCAAGUAUCCCUUUGAUUCGCCGGAAGUAACAUUCAUUGGUAAUAUACCAGUUCAUCCACAUGUUUAUAGCAAUGGCCACAUUUGCUUAUCAAUUUUAACCGAUGAUUGGUCACCGGCACUCAGUGUGCAAAGUGUAUGCUUGAGCAUUGUGUCAAUGCUGAGUAGUUGCAAAGAAAAGAAAAGGCCACCGGAUAAUUCUUUCUAUGUGAAAACCUGUAAUAAAAAUCCAAAGAAGACAAAGUGGUGGUAUCACGAUGACAGUGUUUAAAGGCAAGGUCCGUACAUAAAUCCUCAAGUUGCAUAUGUAUGGGUAUCAUUGGACCAAAUGGAAAGAAAUUUUUCCUGUGUCUUAAAGGAACGUUAAAAAUUUUCGCAACUAAAUUGCUGGGAUUUUAAUACAUAGCUGAAAUAUGUAGGUGCAUAAGCUAGAAAAGUGACUAUGGCUUUAUGACAUACUUAUGACCGUAAUUAAAAAAAAAAAAAAAAAAAAAAAAAGAAAAAAAAAGAAACCGGCAUUUCAAAGUAUUGAAGUCUCGCUCGGUCACGAAUUAUUACAUUGUUAAUAAUAAUAAUAAUGAAAUGUAUUACAUGUUAGGUUUAAAAAAAAGAAUACUAAAUUCAUAAUGCUAAGAGAAAAACAGAUAAAGAUAAGAUGUAGAUAUAAAAAUUGCAAAAUUUCUUUCUUCGUUUAGAGUAGCAAAUCUCUAUUUGUUAAUAUCAAUUUAAACGUAUUAGAAAGGAUCUCUUAUCAUUAUGUAACAUUAAAGCUAUGAAGCGAUCACGAAUUUUAUCGCACGAUGUAAAUUCUUUGUUUAUUACAUUUAAUCAUAAGGAUGAAGCAUAGAAAAGUAAUCGAACGUUAGUUGUAAGAAGAGAGAGAGAGAGAGAGAGAGAGAGAGAGAGAGAGAGAGAGAGAGAAAGAAGAAAAAACCAAAAGAAACAAAAAAGCAAUAGGUGUUACGUGAAUCGGAAUGCAAGUAACACGGUAUCAAAAGGUAUUUCAUUCUUAUCUUGUACCCCAAUUAAAGGAGUUUAACAUUAUCGUUACCUAAUCGUUGUGGUAGCUCUUAUCUUUCAUGAAGUAGUAUUAACAAGAGUGAUCACGACUUGUCUCUGUGCGACGAUUGGUUUAGUUUACGUUCGAUAUGUGUGUAGUCUUUCUUGUAUAACGUUUAAACGAUGUUUACGUACGAUAGCUCUUCAUAUUUUAGUACGAUACGGCACGCGUGUUCAACGAUCUUUUUAUGUUACAUAUUUUCUAUCAAUUUAGCGAAGACAUAGUGUAUCUUUUUUCAUAUUAAAAAUAAAGUCUACUGCUUUACGUUAUGA